AUGACGCCUGCUAGGACCGCCGAUCCUCCGCUCGUGCUCGUGCUCUGCGGCCCGUGCGGCGCCGGCAAGUCCAGCACCGGCAACACCCUCCUCGCGAGCCAGAGCUUUGCAGCGGGCCGAGCCGCGCGAGCGGUGACGACGGCCUGCGAAUUCGCCUCAACGCACUGCUCCGGCCGCGAGGUCAUCCUCGUGGACACGCCGGGCCUCUCCGACCCGGAGACGUCCGUCGAGGCCAUCCACGCAGAGAUCACUCGCGGCGUCGCCUUGAUUGCGGCCGAGCACCCUGGCGCCCGCUUCGCCAUCCUGCUCGUCGCGAGUAUCGCAGCCCGCGUGGACGGGCCGGUCGUCGAGGCGUUCGACAGCCUCCGACAGGUGUUUGGCCCGCGGUUCGCCCGCUCCUCGCUCCUCGUGCUCACCCAUGCCGACCUGCUGACCACCUCCGCCUCCGAAUACCUCGCUGGAUCGGGACCAGCCGUGGCCGACUUCCUGUCGCAGCUGGGCGGCGCGCCGCUCGAGAUCUGCAACCGGCCCGCGGAGGAGGCGAGCCGAGCGAUCGCGCGCCUCGUCGAGCGGGCGGCGCCCGUCUCGGCGUCCGCCAGCGCCCUCGCUCCGCCACCACCGCGUCGCAAGGCAGCGCGGCGGGAGCGGCAGCGCGAGCUUCUGCAGCGCGAAAAGAUGCGACUGCAGAGGGAGCACACCUUGCGACUCGUCGAGGCCGCGCGCUGGGAGGAGCGGUGGGCGGGUUUUGGGGCCAUCGCCCACUCCCUCGUCAGCUGCCUCGCGCCCUCGCUCGCGCACGCCGCACCCUGGUCGGCGGCGCCGGUGGGCGAGGUGAGUCCGGGUGAGUACUGGCGGGAGAAGGCGAGGCGCCAAUCGGACAGCCUGCGCAGAUAG